AGAUUAGGUAUCUAGAUUAGGUUUUGCCGUUAGAUUUGCGGCUAGGUUGCGCGCAUAGAUUCUGCGGAUUUUGCACUACAUGCUGUUGCACUGUGAAAACGAACAGCGUUGCUGACGUCAUUCUCGAUAAAAAGAAUGCUUUAGUGUAAACUCCUUGCACUGGUGUGCACUGGUUCAGAAAGUACUUCGAAAACGAACAAACCUCAGAACUGUGCGAGAAAGAGAGAGAGAGAAAUAAACACGCUUGACGUAAAAUUGAUUACUGAACUAAAAAAAUUCUUUAAAAUGUCAAAUACUAAGGAGAAAGAUGAAGAAAAACCUGUAGUAGCGAAAACAGCUGUAGAUCUGCAAAGGUUAAAGCUCGUGAAAUUGAUGAAAAACAUAGAUAAGCCAAUCAUACUACCAGAACGUCCUAAGGCCAAGAAUACACCAUCUGUACCAGAAUUUGUUCGCAAUGUUAUGGGUAGCAGCGCUGGAGCUGGCAGUGGAGAGUUUCACGUAUAUAGGCAUUUACGACGCAAGGAAUAUGCACGGCAAAAGUUUAUUCAAGAAAAGGCACAUAAGGAGUUCUUGGAUGCUGAAUAUCAUCAGAAACUGGAGGAAAAUAAGAAAGUGGCAGAUGAGGUAACAGCAAAAAAACGAGCUAAGAGAUUGAAGAAAAAGCAAGGACGUAAGCAGAAGAAACAAAUGAGAACUACGAAGGAAGAUAACACUGCCACGGAUGAAAGACACAGUGAAGAAGAUAGUUCGGACGAGAAUGAGGAGAUUAGUGAGAGACAUGAAAAUGAUAGAGGAAACAUUCAGAAUUGUUCUAAAGAUGCAUCUACUGUCCAAGAUGGAUCAAAGACAACAGACGAGAGUCAAGAAGAUGCGUCAAAAGUAUCUGUUGAAGUAACAAGUGAGAACAGUCAAUGUGAAAAUGGAACGUGACAAUACAUAUCGAUAUUCUGGCUUGUUAGACUAAAAAUUUGAUGAUACAUGUAACCAGUUUUAUAAACUCAUAUUAGAUGUUGCGACAUCUAAAUUGUCAUAGCGAUUAGUUCUUUCAAAUAUAUUCGCCAAGGAUUGAGCGAUUUGAC